AUGGUAGGCGGACAUGUCGUGGGAGAGCUCCUGCUGCAGGUUGCAUUAAAUGCUCUCAUAGCCCACUCACGGCACGCCGAAAUGCGCUUUACUGAAUCUCACAGACCCAGGCAGCAGAGCGGAGUCCGACAGGGUGCCCCACGACGGGGACAACCCUGGGAUUCCAGUGAGACCUUGCACGCUCGGAAAUCAGAGGAGACAGACGAUCUCCCGAACCACGAUGCACAACUUCAGGCCUGUGGGCUAAAGCUACCCCAUUACCCCCCCCCCCACUUUGGACCAGCAGGGGUCAUCCUGGUCCCCACCAGCUUAUACUCACCCAGGCAACACCCUGCAGCCACACACAGCCCGCUCCUCAAACACAGCGACUCUGACCCAAAUAGCGGAUGCACCAUGUUCCAGGAAGCCUCCCACGCAGCUUGUACAGCCACACCAUAG